ACCAGCAGGCAGUGGGGAGCGGGGCCGGGGGGGAGAUAGCGGCCCCAGCAGCCCCAGCCCUCAGACAGACAGCGGGGAGGGAGGGAGGGUGCUGGGGGGACAACCCCCCACCAUUCCUACCGCUAUGGGCCCAACCUCCCACUCCCACCUUCCUUCCAUCGGCCGAGGCUAGGACACCCCCAAGCCCCGUCGCCCCCCUGGCACCGACAUCCCGACAGAGACAGAGACACAGCCAGCCGCCACCACCGCUGCCGCAGCCUGGCUGGGGAGGGGGCCAGCCCCCCAGGCCCCCCACCCCACUGAGUAUCCUGUCUCACAUCCAGUUUUGACAUGUUCGAGUACUGCAUAUGUGUGACCAGAAUGGAGCUGUGGCCCGGGGCAUGGACGGUGCUGCUGCUGCUCUUACUGUUGCUGCUCUUCCUGCUGCCCACACUGUGGUUCUGCAGCCCCAGUGCCAAGUACUUCUUCAAGAUGGCCUUCUACAAUGGCUGGAUCCUCUUCCUGGCUGUACUCGCCAUUCCUGUGUGUGCUGUGCGAGGACGCAACGUUGAGAACAUGAAGAUCUUGCGUCUAAUGCUGCUCCACAUCAAAUACCUGUACGGAAUCCGAGUGGAGGUGCGAGGGGCUCACCACUUCCCUCCCUCACAGCCCUAUGUCGUUGUCUCCAACCACCAGAGCUCCCUUGACCUGCUUGGGAUGAUGGAAGUACUGCCAGGCCGCUGUGUGCCCAUUGCCAAGCGUGAGCUACUGUGGGCUGGCUCUGCUGGGCUCGCCUGCUGGCUGGCAGGAGUCAUCUUCAUCGACCGGAAGCGCACAGGGGAUGCCAUCAGUGUCAUGUCUGAGGUUGCCCAGACCCUGCUCACCCAGGACGUGAGAGUCUGGGUUUUUCCCGAAGGAACAAGAAACCACAAUGGCUCCAUGCUGCCCUUCAAACGUGGAGCCUUCCAUCUUGCAGUGCAGGCCCAGGUUCCCAUUGUCCCCAUAGUCAUGUCCUCCUAUCAAGACUUCUAUUGCAAGAAGGAGCGCCGCUUCACCUCUGGGCAAUGUCAGGUGCGGGUGUUACCCCCUGUACCCACAGAAGGGCUGACACCAGAUGACGUCCCAGCUCUGGCUGACAGAGUCCGGCACUCCAUGCUCACCGUUUUCCGGGAAAUCUCCACUGAUGGCCGGGGUGGUGGUGACUAUCUGAAGAAGCCUGGGGGGUUGGGCGAGGCCCGACUCUGAGCUCCCCUCCCAUCUAUCUCCAUCUUCCUCCCCACACCUGCCAACCUAAUGGGCCCUGAAGCAGGGUCAAGCCCUCUUCCUUGUUUCCCCUCUCCCCACUUAUUCUCCUCUUUGGAAUCUUCAACUUCUGAAGUGAAUGUGGAUACAGCACCAUUCCCUGCCCCGUCCCUGCCCCACCAUGGACUCUCUUGCCUCCGUGCAGUCUCCACUCUGGUCCCCACCCUUGCCAUCUUGUCUGUGGGACAGUUGUCUUCCCCUCAUCUUGAGUGGCUCAGCCUACACAAGGGUGGGGAACAUUCCAUCCCAUCCCAGUGGACUCUUCUUCCUCUGUGGUUUUCUAUUUCUCUCCACUCCACAUUGGCUAUGGACUCAUCCAUUCUAUGGAACAGUUCUUCCCCCUACCCGCAGUCUAUGCAUUCAGUGGACUCAUCCAUUUCCAAGGAGGACUCCUCACCUUGUGGCUGGAAGCUGAUAGUUGGAAUACUCCUCCCGAGCUCAUCCUGGGGACUUUCCACAGCACCUCCACCCUCCCUUCCAGUGGAGGCUCCUGUCAGUGGGGGCUAGACUCUUCUAAUUCAGAGGUCUCAUCCCUGCACUUGCCAGAUGCCCAGGGUCACACGUACUCCUGGAUGCCAGUUUGGUCUCCACAUUUCUGCUUCCCCCUGUCCCCAUGGUACAGUUCUUCAGUGGUCCUGGCCCCACCCAGCCCCCUGCAGCCCCGCUGUACCAUUCUAACCAGAUGCAAGGGGAAGAGGCAGACCUCAGGUGCUGCACUCACUUCCCCCUGGGGAGUUGGGGAAAGAAACUGAAUCCUGGCUGGAGGGGAUAGGAGGGCUUUUAAUUUAUUUCUCAUUUGAGGCUUCCCCCUCUCUGAGCCAGUUUUCAUUUCCUCCUGGUGGCAUUAAACGCUCCCUGCCUCCCACUCCAGACCUGUUCCCACAAUUGGAGAGGUAGGCUGGGAACAAAAGAAGAGGGUGGGACCCAGUUUUGUGUGGUUGGUUGGUUUUUAUUAAUUAUCUGGAUAACAGCAAGAAACCGAGAAUAAAGAGAGAGAGAGAGAGAGAUCUGGGUGCUUGCUGGU